AUGGGUUCAAUUGAGGAGCUAAAACUUGUGCGGCUCUACCGCGCCUACAACACUGCAAUUCAGAUGUGUAUGGACCGGGGCUACGCGGUACGCCACCCGUCCGCCGUCGCGCACGCCCUUCGUGACCCGUCUGUGUACAGCGACGAAUACGGACUGGACUAUGAUUGGUUCCUGCAGCACUUUGUGGUUCGGCAGGCAACAGCCACCGGGGCGGCAGAGGAGGACGAGGGAAACGCGUCGAGGGUGCAGGCAAGCCACGACGGCGCCGUGGAGAAGGAGGAGAGGGGCAGGUGGACGCCGAUGCGCGGCGCAAUGCGGCUUGUGUGCAGUGCCGAGACGGGUAAGGCGAUGUACGAUGCGUCGGGCUCGCCCAACAAAAGUGGAGAGAAGGGCGGACGAUCAAUGCUCGUCUUUUUUUCGGCGUUGCCGUCGCUUAGCAUGGGUGAAUUGCAGGAGUUUCGCGAGAAGGCCUUACAGAAGCACGCGCACUGCAUGAUUGUUGUGUCCGCCGGGAAGAUAACUCCGGUGGUUCGCCGUGGCGCGCGCGAGUUGAGCGGACGCCUCCGGGCCGGCACCGCCGAAGAAAUUAUGUCGAUCCAACUCUUUGAGGAGGAUGAGCUUGCGUUCAACAUCGCACGCCACGACACGGUCCCAUCGCACGUGGCGCUCUCUCCUGAACAGGCGCAGGACUUUCUUCAGCGGCGUCAGAUUUCCCUCUCGCAGCUGCCCCGCAUCCUUAACGAAGACCCGAUGGUGGCGUACUUAGGCCUUGUGCGUGGCAGCAUUGUAAAGAUCCAGCGCGACACGAAGGAGAGCGGCCCCUACGAGAUGUACCGGCAGGUUAUCUAG